AUGUCGUCAACGUCGUCGUUGGCAGACUUCAGCGGCAGGUGCCUUUGCCACUGUCAUGCUGGACCUGAUCGAUCUGGGUGCACUUGCACCUGCCCUCCUGCCAGCUCUUCUUCAACGCCAGUGGUCCUUCCCCUUACUCUGAGAGCCCUCCUCGCUGCCGGCAGGCACUUGAUACGCUGGCGCGCUCUGACCUUCUACUACGAUUUCAUCCCUGAAGAGAAGACAAAGACCAUUACCAACGACAUCCAGAACGCCGCCGCCGUCAUCCGACUGCAUUUGAAUCACGUUGACGUCCUUGAUACCUGGGCGCAGUACAUCGCCGAGGUUACCCGCGCAGCCGCCUCUCCUCCAUCGUCCAGCACUAACUCCUCCUCGGGCGAAGAGCACUUCAAAGGAAGAAAACGAUCCUUCACCAGCUUCACGCGCAGGCUUGUGCGCAGACUGGCUUCAAUCCCUACCUCACCUUCCUCAGAAACUCUCGAUAGCACCCAAACCCGGGCGUCCUUGACUGCUAUUCGGGACACCUCAGGAACCCCAUCUUCGUCAGGUAAUGAUAGCAGCAGAAACAGUAGCACCAGCACCCCUUUGCUGCCGAUGUUUGUCAUGGUAGCGGAAAGACUGCAAGUGUCACGCAACCAACUGGAACUUGCGUUCAAAUAUUACGCAGCCUACGUGUCAUCAGACCGUGUGAAGCGCAUCACCGCCAAAGACCUCGUCCGUAGCCAGCGAUACAGCGACCUUGGCGAGAUCAUUCUCCUUGACAUGCAGGAACUCGGCAUGUUUCCCCAUGCCCCUGUCUGGGAGCGACACUACCAGCAGCAAUACCCCUAUUUGUAUCUGAACGCGGAGGAGCCGUCCAGUGGAUUUGACACUUCCGCCGAAUCAACCGCGCUCCAUUCGUCGUGUAAAGGAGAAGGAUAUGCCCAAGGGGACAAGGGACCUUCCCUGACGGCCCCCGUUACCAUAGCCUCAUUCGACCGCGCCAAUGGCUUCCGCCGAGUACUUCUCGGCAAGAACCAUGCUCCUGCUACGGAAGCCAUCGCCAGCUGCACAGAACAUUACUUCGUGUGCCUGCGCUAUCAGCAACCCAGACCUUUCAAUCCGAUGCGGCUCUGGUUGUUGAUCACAGAGCGCAUCAGAGAUAAGAAGAGGAAGGGAAGAGCGGUGACGACGGACGGCAACGGCGUUUACGACGCAGCGGGCAUUGAAGCCAUGCAACGCCACCACCAAAAGAAUUACAGCGUCGUGUGGAAGAUCAGAGCCUCGUCUAUUGCCCCCGUAUUCACGAUGGAGGAUUUGAAUGGUUCCAAGAAAUUCAACAAGAGGCGUGCCGGGGCUGAUCUUUAG